CAGGCGGCCAAUUUCCUCAACAUGCUGCUGCAGGGCAACGACCUCCGCGAGGCCAGCGUGGCCGAGGACGUGGAAUGGUACCAGGCGUUGACGCGCAGCCUGGCGGGGGGGCACCCAUGGGCGCGCCGCUCCCUGCUGGCCCUGGACGCCCACCCGGCUGCCCCUUCCCCCCGCCUGGUGCUGCAAGCCACGGCCGUCGACGGGGAGAUCCACCUUCGGGACGUGUCCGCGCCGGGGAACCGCAGCUCGGACGGCGAAUGGGUGGCGGAGCUGCGGGAACGGCGCGGUCCUCCGCUCCGCAAACGGGUGCUGAGCAACGACCUGCGCUCCAUGGAGACCCCCAAGUGGCGGCGGGGCGAUGGGUACGUGGCGGGGCCGGGCCACGUGCGGUGGUCGCAGCCAUUCCUCGAGUGCCGAGAUGGGAAAUUCGUCCCCGUUUGGGCCGUCGCUCUGUCUGCUGCCUUCUAUGGGCUGAAGCCCGACCUCAGCCCCGAGUUCAAGGGAGCCGUGCGGGUGGACAUCGAGCUGCGGGAUGUGGGCAUCGAUCAAUGCGACAGCGGGACGGGGUGGUUCGCGGGCACCCACCGCUGCGACCUCAACAGCACCCAGUGCGUCCCGCAGCAGAACCGCGGCUUCGUGUUGGGGCAGUACGCGUGUCGCUGCAAGCCGGGCUUCUACGGGCUCAGCGGCGGGGCAGUGCCGCCUGAGGAUGCCGCUCGCUUGGCGUGCCGCCGGUGCCGGGAGGGCUGUGCGAACUGCCGGGACGAUGCGCCCUGUGAGGUGCAGGAGGAUCGCGCGUUGCGUGCGGCCGUGCUGUGCUGCCAGGCGUGCUGCAUGCUGGCCGUGUUCCUCUGCAUGCUGCUCGCUUAUCACUGCCGGCGGAGCAAGAGGAUCCGGGCGUCGGGCGUUGUGCUCCUGGAGACGAUCCUCUUCGGGUCGCUGCUGCUCUACUUCCCUGUCUUCAUCCUCUACUUCAAGCCCAGCACCUUCCGCUGCAUCGCUCUGCGCUGGGUUCGCGUGCUGGGCUUCGCCAUCGUGUACGGCACCAUCACCCUAAAACUGUACAGGGUGCUGAGGGCGUUCCUGGUCCGUGCAGCGCAGCGUGUGUCCUACACGGCCAGCGGGCGCGUGUUGCGGGCUCUGGGGCUGCUGCUGCUGCCCCCGCUGUGGUUUCUGGCAGCGUGGACCGUGGCAGCGUUGGAGAACGUCGGCCGGAACGUCCCGCUGGUGGUCCGUGCGCAGACUGCCCGAGGGCUGAACUUCUCCGUCUGCAGCCACGACCGCUGGGAUUACAUGAUGGUGGUCGCCGAGCUGCUGCUCCUGCUGUGGGGCAGCGCGCUGUGCUGGGCUGCGCGCGCGGUGCCUUCCGCCUUCCACGAGCCGCGCUAUAUGGGCAUCGCGCUGCACAAUGAGCUGCUCCUCUCGGCCGCUUUCCACGCCGUCAGGUUCAUCGCGGUGCCGUCGCUGCACCCCGACUGGAUGCUGCUGCUCUGCUUCGCCCACACCCACGGCACCGUCACCGUCACCCUGGGGCUGCUUUUUGUCCCCAAGUUCCUGCACGCCGGAUCGCCGCUGCGGGAGGAGAUCGCGGCGGAGGUGUACGAGGAUGAGGUGGACGCGCGGCGCUCCGGGCUGAGCAGCAGCAUCGCGUCCGCAUGGAGCGAGCGCAGCUUCGACCCCGAUGACAUCCGGGAGGAGCUGAAGCAGCUGUACGCGCAGCUGGAGACGCUGCGGACGAGGCGGAUGGCGGCCCGCAACCCGCACCUCCCCGCGUCGCCCCCGGCCCGCAGCUCCGGCAGCCGCCGCUCUUCGUCCAAACGGCCGCACGACGGUACCGGCGGGGGGGGACGGGAGGGGGGCGGCCAGCUCCGAUCCCGCAGCUCCGAGCAUCCGGCACAGGACGCGGCGGCGGGGGGCUGCGCGGAGCCUUCCGACAACGAAUCUCUGUGCGCCGCUCCGCUGCUGCCCAGAUCGGCCAGCGCCCAGCAGCUCGGGGGGCACGGGCAGCCCACCCGGCUCCGCGCGGUGCUUCUGCAGAAGUCGCUGAGCGCCGGUGCGGGCGCGGUCACCCCGUCCUCGGCACCCUCGGAGCAGGAAGGGGUGUCCCUCUGCACCGCCGCAACCCCGGCCGCUGCCACCCCCCCCGCCCCGCUGCCGGACGGGGGUCCCCCCCGUGAUGCUUCCCCCCCGGCUGACAGCAAGGGGACGAAAAGCGUCACUUACGCGCCCGUUAAAAGCGUCAGCGCGGACGGCCCCCAUCCCACGGGGCGGGUGCGCGUGGUGGUGAAGAGGACCCCCCCGCCUCCCCCCGUGCGCUACCAGAGCCUCCCGCACCGCCACGGGGACAAGGCGGAGCCUCCGAGGCCGCCUGAGGGGACGGCAGCGAAACCCGCGUCCCCCCCGUCGGGGUUGCGCUCCGCUCCCCCCAUCCCCGCCGAGGUUUGUCCGUGGGAGCUGCUCCAGGAGGAGAUGCUGAGGCAAAAGCAGAAUAGCGGCGAAUCUCCGACCUCCGACCCCCCCGGGGACACGGCGGGGAUCCCCCCCAGCCUCAAGCCGCCCCCACAAAAGGCUUUCAGAAGUUUGGGGUUCGCCAUCAGAGCCAUCAACCGCUCCAGAGCGAAACGCAGCCUGAAAGGAAGCAGAGAGAGCAGCGAUCUGAAACGGGGACGUGAGCAGGAGGAGGGUGGCGGGGGGGGGCAGCCCGGUCUGGUAGAGACCCCCCCGCCGCCCCCAGCAGGGAGCAGCCCAGAUCCCAACCUGUGGGAUGGGGAUGUGGACCCCUCUCAGUGCAUCGCCACCAGCUCUGCAUCUGAGACCCCAAUGAUGGGGGACAGCGAGGGGACGGCAGAGGGACAGAAGGAUGGUGCUGCCGGGGGGGGCACAGGUGCUGGUGAGGGUCUGAUAUCACCCUCGGUGGCCAUGCAGCCCUCUGGCAUUGAUGCCCUGUGUGUAGCACAGAGUGCAGGGAGCGCGGGGCCGAGGGCUGAGGUCUGUCCCUGGGAAGCACUGAGUGCCCCGGGGGGGUCUGCGUCCCAGCAGGAGGGAACCGGGGGGGUCCUAACGGUGGGAAGCAGCCCUAUGAAGGGGCUGGGGAAGGGUGGCAGCCAGCCUGCUGCUUGGGGGGGGGGGAGCGAGGGGCUGCCCACCAGGAGCAGGAGUGCAGAGGUGGGGGUCUCCCCAUGGGACACAGAGAGGGGGGCUGGGGGGCAGGGAGGAGCGCAGCUGGAUGUGUGCAGGGUUCUCAAAGGGGACGGCAAACCCGGGUGGAGGGGGACCGAGGAGCACAGAGCACAGCAGGCUGAGAGGGGUGGGGGUCUGGGGGGGCGCGGGGACACCCGGAUCUCUGCAGUGAGCACUGAGAGGGGGAAUGCUGAGCCAAGGAAAUCCCAGAGUGCAGAGAUCUGCCCCUGGGAGGGACAGGGGGGAUCAGGGGUCAGCAAAGCAGAGAUCUGCCCUUGGGAGGAACAGGGGGGAUCAGGGGGGAGCAAAGAGGAGAUCUGUCCUUGGGAAAGUCAGGGGGGGUUAGGAGGGAACAAAGCAGAGAUCUGCCCUUGGGAGGAACAGGAGGGAUCAGGAGUCAGCAAAGCAGAAAUCUGCCCCUGGGAGAGUCAAGGUGGGUCAGCGGGGAGCAAAGCAGAAAUCUGCCCUCAAGAAGGACAGGGGGGGUCGGGGGGGAGCAAAGCUGAAAUCUGCCCUUGGGAAGGACAGGGUGGAUCAGGUGGGAGCAAAGCAGAGAUCUGCCCUUGGGAGGAACAGGAGGGGCCAGGGGUCAACAAAGCAGAAAUCUGCCCCUGGGAGAGUCAGGGGGGGCCAGGGGGGAGCAAAGAGGAGAUCUGCCCCUGGGAAACGGCCACCCCCCCUGUGGAGCAGCUGAGGAUGAAGCUGAGCUCUGGGGGGGCUGCGAAGCGCAUCACACGUCAGGCAGCUCUCGUCAGCCCUGCAAGGUCCGUGGAGAGCAUGGGGGUGUCCCGCAGUGCUGAGAGCCCAAAGGCAGAGAUCUGCCCUUGGGAGACCCUGGGGAGCUCCGGGGGCAGAGAGGAAAUUUGCCCCUGGGAGGGGGCUGCUCCCCCAUCUGAUAAAGGGGAACUGAGAGAAGCCCAGGAAGGCGCAUCGGGAGGGGGCAAAGGCGCUGCUGCACGUCGGGGUCUGCAGAAAGAGAGGGGAGGAAACGUGUCUGCAAAGCAAAGGGGCAGUGGGGAACGUGAGGCCGUGUGCCCCUGGGAGAGCGCAGAGCUCUGCACAUUGAGGGGUCAGGAGCCAAGAGCCAGGGAUAAAGCUGAGAUCUGCCCUUGGGAGGAAGAUUUGGAGGAAGGAGCUCCGGGGAAGGCAAAGAGCCUGGGUGAUUCCAGAGCUGCAGGGAUGGGGAGCAGCCAACGUGAGGCUGUGUGCCCCUGGGAGAGCGUGGGGGCAGAGGAGCCAGCGCUGAGCACGGCAACGGGGAAGGAAGGAUCCAGAAAGCGUGAGAGCGCAGAGAGCAGAGCUGCCGUCUGCCCCUGGGAAGCAGCAGAGCCCGGUGCUGGGCAGGAGAGCUGCAGCCCUGGAGAACAGCCCAGGAGAGCGGCCCCUGUUGGGGUCAGGGAGCACCGGGCGCUGCGCCGCAUCCUGCCUGCGGCACCGGGGCGAGCUCACACGGCACAGCAGCACAGGGGGCCCAGCACAGCUGAGGUCUGUCCCUGGGAAGCCGAGGAGGGUCCGGAAGCCCCCAGCAGCCCAACCCUGGGAGCGGUUGCUGUGUGCCGUGGGGAGAAAAGCCCUGGGGAGGGUGAGAGGGAUGCAGGAGCGUCCAGCGCUGAGGUCUGCCCGUGGGACUGUGAGUAGAACUCAGCUCAGCCCUGGGGUGCAGGGAGCUGCCCACACUGCGUGGAUGGGGGUGGAAGCGUCCAACAAAGGCACGGUGCUGCAGCAACCGCAGCAACGACGCUGCCUGUGUCAGAGAUCCAGGCUCUGAACUGUUUGGGCAUCACAGAGGUUCGGAGCUGAAUGGCAUCAGGGCCCCGAGCGCCAUGGGGCUGCAGUUCAUGCUCUGACAUGAGCUCAGGGGGAGGCAAAGCAGGGGCAGCUGCAGUGCAGUGUGAAGGAGAGCAACUGCCCAGAGCCCAGCACUGCUGGAUGCGGGGCUCAUCCCACCAUCCCUUCUCCAUUUGCUUCCUCUCUCCUUGGGAGGAGCAUUGGGAUCUCCA